GGCAACGUCCGUUCGGUAUUGCAACGAGUACUGAACAACCCUCGAGCCGAAACCGUUGAAUGCAUUUGGGCUCAGUUUGGUUUCUAGAAUCGCGCCAUUGUGAACCUAGAGCAAGAAACCUGCCGAAUAUACACUACAAUGGCUGCUGAACCUGAUAUGCCCACUUUUAAGCUCGUGUUGGUUGGCGAUGGUGGUACCGGAAAAACCACUUUCGUGAAACGUCACUUGACUGGUGAAUUCGAAAAGAAGUAUGUGGCCACUUUGGGAGUUGAAGUUCACCCCCUGGUUUUCCACACCAACCGUGGAGCAAUCAGGUUCAAUGUGUGGGACACUGCUGGACAGGAGAAAUUUGGUGGGCUACGAGAUGGAUACUACAUUCAGGGUCAAUGUGCCAUCAUCAUGUUUGAUGUUACCUCUCGUGUCACCUACAAAAAUGUUCCCAACUGGCACAGAGAUUUAGUUCGAGUCUGUGAAAACAUCCCUAUUGUGCUCUGUGGCAACAAGGUGGACAUCAAAGACCGAAAAGUCAAGGCCAAAUCAAUUGUGUUUCACAGGAAAAAGAAUCUGCAGUACUAUGACAUCAGUGCCAAAUCAAAUUACAACUUUGAAAAGCCUUUCCUUUGGCUUGCCCGCAAGCUGAUUGGUGACCCCAACCUUGAGUUUGUUGCCAUGCCUGCUCUGCAGCCUCCUGAGGUGCAGAUGGAUCCUAACUGGCAGAAGCAAAUUGAAGGUGAAUUGGAGGAAGCUCAACACAUUGCCCUACCAGAAGAUGAUGAAGACUUGUAGCACUAUCAAUACAUUAGAAAUUAGCCAACUACACCUCCCUACACUUUUUUCCAUUUGUGUUUUCUGCCCUCUAUCUUAACCAAUUUUUAUUUGCGAGGUAUGAAAAUACAUUGUGCGUCAAAAUACAAAUAAAAUUUUGAUUUUUUA